AUAAUAUAUAGUUUUCGACGCCCUUUGGAUCAUAUCUGCCGAAUCUAAUGAUAGAGAACAAACAUUCCACAAUUCCCCACCUCUUCCCUUAUAAAUCAUCAAUCACCGUGAAUCUCCAUCCAAAACCUUCCAUCAAUCACACAAUUCUUGUCUACAAGUUUUCAUUACUCUGUUCAUAGGUGUUUUCAUUUUCUUCUUUUUUGUGUGGGUGUGUAUAUAUAAAAUAUGAAGCAUUAUUGUCUGGUGUCUGUUGUGGUUUAUCAAAAUCAUUAGAUUAUGGGAUAUGGGGAGCUAAACAUACGAAGCUAUAACCCCCAAAAGGAUAGAGCUCGAGUUGAAGAUCUCGAAAGAAGAUGCGAGGUAGGUCCAGCUGAGAGAGGAUUUCUCUUCACCGACACGUUGGGUGACCCCAUUUGCCGAAUCCGAAACAGCCCGAUUUACAACAUGAUCGUAGCCGAGCUGAAUAACCAGCUGGUUGGUGUCAUCCAGGGAUCUAUAAAGCUCGUGACGAUUCACAAACCACCCAAGAAUCUUGCCAGGGUGGGGUACAUCUUGGGGUUAAGGGUUGCCCCGCUUUAUCGACGACGAGGGAUCGGCUCAAGCCUGGUGGUCAGAUUGGAAGAAUGGUUCAUUGCAAGCGGCGUCGAUUAUGCUUACAUGGCCACGGAGAAAGACAACGAUGCGUCCUUCAAGCUUUUCGUGGAGAAGCUCGGUUAUGUCAAGUUUCGAACCCCGGCUAUUCUCGUAAACCCCGUUAACUGUCCAAUGUAUCGGAUAUCGUCCAAGUACGAGUUCGAGAAGCUGAAGGUCGAAGAAGCCGAGUCUUUAUACCGUAAAUUCAUGUCGUCGAUGGAAUUCUUCCCAAGCGAUAUCGGUAACAUAUUGAGAAACAAGCUGAGUUUAGGGACAUGGGUGGCUUAUCCGAGAGGUGAAUCAUGGGGGGAAAUUUUGCCUAGUAGUUGGGCAAUGGUUAGUGUGUGGAACAGUGGGGAGGUUUUCAAGUUAAGGCUAGGCAAUGCACCAGCAUCAUGUUUGAUGUACACCAAGAGCUCACAGUUGAUGGGGAGCCUUGUUCCAUGCUUUAAAUGGAGAGGCAUACCAGAUUUUAUGCACCCAUUUGGGUUCUAUUUCAUAUACGGGGUGUGUCGUGAAGGUCCAAUGUCGGGCAAGCUGGUGCGGACCCUGUGCCGACUGGUGCAUAACAUGGCUGCAAAGUGUAGGGAUUGUAAGGCUGUUGUGACGGAAGUUGGAGGUAGCGAUACAUUGAGACGUCACAUCCCUCAUUGGAGAUUAUUGUCGUGCCCUGAAGAUUUGUGGUGUAUAAAAGGGUUAAAAAAUGAAGAAAGGGAAAGCUUCUAUGAGUUGAUAAAAACCCCAACAACAAGAACUCUUUUUGUUGACCCCAGAGAGGUAUGAUCAAAACAAAACAGACCCUCUCUUGUCUGCCCAGAGAUAGAACCCCAGUUCAUGUAAUCUUUGUCAACUCCAAUCCACAUAAACAAAUCCAGAAUUUCAAUCAAA